AGAACAAGAAUUAGAGGAAGCUGCGAUCAUCAUUGUGCGCCUUUUCGAAUCGCACAAAGCGGGACUUUCAUCCAAAAGAAAAAGUGUUAUUUUUGCAACGUGUAGGUUUUUAAAUUGACAUUCCUUCAUUUACAAUGAUCGAUAUGAUUGAGAAGGAAGACACCAUUAUCAGUGAAGAGGAGGCUGCACAGUAUGACCGUCAGAUUCGUUUGUGGGGACUGGAUGCACAAAAGAGACUGCGUGGAUCCCAUGUGCUCCUGGUUGGACUUGGGGGUUUGGGUGCUGAAGUGGCAAAGAAUCUCAUUCUGUCUGGGGUUAAGGGUUUAACCUUACUGGACCAUGAACAGGUGAACGAGGAGUGUUGUCAGGCCCAGUUCCUGAUACCAGUGUCUGCACGUGGCCAGAACCGAGCCCAAGCAUCUCUGGAGCGGGCCCAGGCGCUCAACCCCAUGGUGGAGGUCAAAGCAGACACACAAAGUGUGGAGUCCAAACCUGACGAGUUCUUCCUGCAGUUUGAUGCAGUUUGUUUAACACGAUGCUCAUGGAAGCUCAUGAUGCGGGUGGACCAACUCUGUUCCCAGAAGAACAUAAAGAUUUUCUGUGGAGAUGUCUUCGGUUAUCAUGGCUAUAUGUUUUCAAAUUUGGGCAAAGAACAUAAUUAUGUUGAAGAAAAACCCAAAGUGCGUAAAAUCACAGAGGAAGCCUCAGAUGGCCCUGAAGCAAAGAAAGCGAAGGUUGACCCCAACGAGACCACCAUGAUUAAAAAGACGGCUAGUUUCUGCUCCUUGAAAGAAGCUUUUGAAAUUGAUUGGACAAGUGAUAAAGCUAAAAAGAGCCUCAAGCGCACGCCGAAGGACUACUUCCUCCUGCAAGUGCUGUUGAAGUUCCGUUCGGAUAAGGGCCGCGACCCCCAGCCAGCCAAGUUCACCGAGGACUCUGAGCGGCUCUUGCAGCUGUGUGAGGACGUGCUGAAGUCCAAGGGUCUCCAGGAUGACCUUCUACCACAGGACUUCACCAGCUACUGCUUCUCUGAGAUGGCGCCGGUCUGUGCUGUGGUUGGAGGAGUGCUCGGCCAAGAAGUUGUUAAGGCCUUGUCCCAAAGAGACGCUCCACACCGAAACUUCUUUUUCUUCGAUGGUGUCAAUGGAAGUGGUGUGGUGGACUAUUUCGGUAGGGAGUGACAAAACCCAUGAGACGGUUUGGAAGGUGACAUGCUUUCCCAAGGCGCCCUCGUGAAACCUACUGUGCUCUCAGCAGGCCAAAAUCAGUUAUAUUGUCAUUUGUCAUCUUUUCUGUGUAACACUUUCCCCCGUAAGUCUUCACUUUGAUAAAGAGAAACCCUUCUGUGCAUUUAGUUACAACACCGUAAUGUUCUUGUCCAUGUUUGAUGAUGCUCCCAUGUAUACGAAGUAAGCCAUAUGACUUCCAUUUCUACAAGUUUUUUAUGUAUUUUUCAUUUUCCUCUGCUCAGUUAAACAUUUUGAAUAUGUGCUCUUUGCCAUUAUAGAAAUACAAGAUUUGAUUACAAAAACAUGAAC